CAACGUGUUUAUUUUAUUCUUUUAAGUGAAAAAUUAUUUUAAAAUUGUUUUAUAUUAAACAAAGUUUCAGCAAAAUCGAACACUCAACGAUAGCUCAAGGGUUUAUCAAGUGUAAAAGUUAUGUUGCUGGCGGCAGUGGGUUGCGGUGAGCUGUAACACAUUCUGUUACAGGUGUUUUCGUAACAGAAUCCAUUUCGUUUAACCCAGUUCUCCUUUUAAUACAAGUGCGUUAGAAUAUCUUGUUAGAAACUGUGCUAGAGAAUCGUGUUGUGUUUGGAAAUUUUCAACCGCGUCCAUUUUGCUGUACUAGAAAAUGUGUCGUCCGUGUCAAGUGUUCAAACGAUUAAGCUUUUUACUAAAAAUUUUAAUCAUUACAGUAUUAAAUAUAAAUAAAAGGAUAAAAUUCAUAUAACUACAAUUGUAAACACAAGUGCCCGCAACCCUACCCAUACUUUUGCUGUCGAUUUGUCACAUUUAGGAAGGCUCAUUACCAGCUUGAAAGUUUUACCUUACGGCAUAAUAAUACCUAAGUCCACGUCUCCCUUGGUCAUCCCAGCGCCUUACAUGAGCAGUUUUAACUUCAUGCUUUUUACAAAAUGAUGGAUCGCAUCCCAUCAUUGUCACUCUCAGGCAUAUCGCUCGCACAUCCACUUUCAAUUUCAACUGGACAAACUUUACAAAAUCAUCUCAAUUCCGCACAAUCGGCGGUUAGUUCUUCAACUGGCGGACAUUUAGGACAAUUAGCAGCUGCAGUACAUCAUCAUCAUCAACAACAGCAACAACAACAAAUACAAUUACAACAGCAACAACAACAGCAGCAACAACUGCAUCAUCAGCAACAACAACAACACCACCAUCAUAACGCAGUAGCGUCAGUUGCUCAUCAUCAUAAUCAACACCAUCACAAUCAUCAAUUGUCUCUCAAUUCCUUAAGCAGCUUACAUUCAAGUUCAACUUCAACACCAAACUCUUUAGCGCAUUCGAGCGCCUCACCAACAAGUUCAACAACAUUGCAUCACCAUCAAGGCUUGCACACAACAACAAAUCACAAUAUACUACAUCACACCACAAGUGGUCUGGCGCAUACGGCACACUUACACGCGGGUGUCGCACAUAAUUCGUCGUCCUCAUCACAUCAGCACUCAACAACAGCGUCCACUUCUGCGGCAGCCACGUUACAUCCAACGGCGGGUGCACAUCACCACCAUCAUCAUCACAACCAUCAUCACCACCUGUCUUCGGCAUCGGCAGCUACCAAUAACGCAACUACUGGUUUCUCCUCAAGCUCAUCAACAAACUCCCCCGCCUCCGUCAUGGCUGCAGCAGCUGCCGCGCAUUUGCAUCAUAAUUCACAGGCUUCUCCAAUGACAAAUUUACACCAGAACAUGGGAAGCCUGAUGAAUACAGGCAGCAGUGCCAGUGAUGUUUUUUUCAGUCUCAUGAUACAGAAUACAACGAAACGACAAAACGAAGAACACAUUAAACGUCCCAUGAAUGCGUUUAUGGUGUGGUCCAGACUACAACGCAGAAAAAUUGCGCAGGAUAAUCCCAAAAUGCAUAACUCCGAAAUAUCGAAACGCUUAGGAGCCGAAUGGAAGCUUUUAACAGAGGAAGAAAAACGUCCAUUUAUUGAUGAGGCCAAACGACUUCGCGCAAUGCACAUGAAGGAACAUCCUGACUACAAAUAUCGUCCCCGCAGAAAACCAAAAGCGCUACGUCGUGACGGUUAUCCAUACCCGAUGCCAUACCCAUCAGUACCCGUGGAAGCAUUACGUGCAGGUAUAACACCAGGUUAUUUUGCGCCGGGACCAGCAGCCGCUUAUCACUUGGGCAGCCAUCUAACCCAGACAAAUGCACCAACGUCACAGACCUCCUUAUCAGGACAAAUGGACGUUCCAAAAUUUGCGCUCGAUCGCAGCUCGUACCUAAGCAGCGCAGCUACUGCAGGCUCUUUGUACGAAUCAUCGAAGGCUGCACAGGCCAGUGCUGCUUAUAGCGCCUAUUUAGAUCCCAGUGUUCUCACCAAGGCCUACUUCGAUUCAAAAAUGUACCAGGACCGAGCUAAUUAUGCAUUCGAUAUAUCAAAAAUAUAUGGCGGGGCUCAACAGCAUGGCACAUCUGCUGCAGCUGCCGCCGUGGCUCAUCAGCAACAGCAGCAACAUUUGCUAAACGGUCUCAGCAUUGCCAGUGCACACAACAACAACAACCACACAACAGCAAAUAAUAACUUGGAUGAGCGCGAUAAUACACCACAUUUGGAUAGCGGUGGUGGUCCCGGUGGAGGUAGUGGUGGCAACAGUGUUUCCGAUUCAAAGUCACACUUGCAGCAUUCGCCGAAUGAUACGCAACUCGAUUACUCGCAAUACACGCAGUACGGUCAGGUAAGCAGUGCCGCUGCAUUGGGUCUUGGCGGCGGUGUUGCAAACAGUGCUCUGGGCGGUGGUGCCGGAGGUGGUGGCGCCGGCGCUGGCGGUGAUUUUCGACGUCCACUCACUGUUAUAUUUUGACCACCAUCCAUCGAUAGUGAAGAACUCAACUUGUCCAUGACGAAUUAGAAUUUAAAUAAAAAUAUGAAAUAUUUUUCAGAAAAUAUUGAAUAUAAAAAUAAAAUUAAAAUUAAGUCGGGUGAAUCGCGAAUUAUGGUUCAGUUAAAAUACACAAGAUGUAAAGGAGAGGUUUUAAUAAUUUUUUAAUUUCUAAACUUAAAUAUAAUAACUAAUUAUUUUAUAUAUAUUAGAAAGAAAUUGUCCUUUCCUAAAUCUCUAAUCAAACCAUUGGAACAUAGUCGCUUCCAUUUAACUUUCCCAAAAGUUACUGGGACUUUCCCAGUCCCAAAAGUAUGUUUCUUCACCCCUGAGAAAAAUUGAUUUAACUAAUCAAUUCUAAACUCAUUUAAAUAUCUUUGAGGAAUUGAGGAAAUAUUUAUUAAAAUUAUGACUCAUGUUUGCCUGAGGUGUGAGAAAGAGAGAAAACGAAUAUAGUUCAUGUAUUGAUUAUAUAUAAAAUUUAAAAAUAUAUUUAUUUAUUGAUCUAUUUUAUGAAAACAA